AUGAAAACUGACCUUUUUACAUCCUGUGGCCAUUGCUGAGUUUUCCAAAUUUGCUGACAUAGUGCAGCACUUUAACAGCAUCAUCUUUUAGGAUUUUAAAUAGCUCAGCUGGAGGGUAACACUUACGGUUAAAUAUUGACAAGUUAAAAAUUAACUCAAAGUUAAUUAUGAAUUGUUAGAAGAAUGAAAAUCAUGGCACAAAAUUCAGUCUUUCAGGCCCAGGGUGUGUCACUUCCCAAGUGUUAUCAGCCCCCGCUGAUAAGUAUAUAAAGUGAUACUUAUCACUUUAUUUUCUCGUGUAAUUGGAAUAAUACAGUGUGUACUUCACAAGGUGUAUGGGGUAGUAAUGAAUAAAAGAUACAGCAUGUAAUGGAAGUACCUAAUAAUAGCAAACAGUGUAGGACAUUUUAAAAUAUUUAUUAUUCAAAACAACCUUUAUGCAAUAGUGAUAAGACUAUAUUAGAUAGGUACCAAUUUUACAGAAAAUUAAGUCAAAUGGUCAAGAGAUGCCCAAAUUCAAUUUUCUAUCUGUAAUCUCAAGGGAGUAUGUAAUAGAGACAUGGCAAUUAUGUUGUGAAAGUGAGGAAACCAAGUUAGAAAACUUCUCAGCUUCCUCAAAUGUCUUAAAAUUUGGAACUUGAUUCCUACACUUCAGUUCAGUUCAGUCGCUGAGUAGUGUCCGACUCUUUGAGGCCCCAUGGUCUGCAGCACGCCAGGCUUCCCUGUUCAUCACCAACUCUCAGAGCUUGCUCAAACUCAGUGGUUGUGUUCAUUUCAGAGUUCACCGCAUACAGCUUUGUCUGCAGUUUGAGAAAUGACCACUAGAGGGCAGGAGACUCAAACGAAGUUUACAUAUAGCUCAAGAAUGAAGUUCUCUGUUUUAGGACUAUUUUCAACUAAAUAGGUAGCAAUAUUUUUUAUCAUGCAGUUGUUUUACCUCAGUUGUAUUUCCUAAACCCAUCUCUGCAGAUUCAGAAAAUAUUUCCCAAGCUCAGGUGAAGCACAUUAUAAAUAGAAUCUACUUGAUUUACAAUUUGUGGAUUUUCUCUGCAUCUACAGAUAAUAAACAAUAAUUCCUUUUGAAAUGCUGUCUAUUAAAAAAUUAACCCUCCGUUUUUGACCUGUUGAAAUAAAUAUGAAAAAUACCUUCUCUCACAUUGCUUCAAAGUAUAAACUUUUUGAAAAUUUAAAACGUGUUAUUGUAAAAAUAAUCUCACAACAUCCAGUUUUUAAUAGCGCCAUCAUCUAUCUCAUUGCUCCAUUGCACAGGUAAUACUGCCAAGUUUCUCACAUACUGCAAAAAUGGUCUCUGCGCACCACGCAUAUAGAUGCAUAGGGAGGAGACCGGAAGUCACAGGCACUCACCCACCACAUGGGGAUGCCCAGAGGAAAGGGCUGCACGUGGGAGGGGCGCGCAGGGGCUUAGGGGUUCUCCUUCCCAAAGCACAGCGAAAGGCAGGGUUUGGCCUCCCAAAGGAGGGUAUUGAACCCUCCUUUUUCUGGACUCCGCACACCUCUUCUGGCUCUGAUCCUGGUCUCACUUCCCAGAUUGCCCCAGGAAGGGAUGAACACUGAACUGCGUGAGCCCCACUUGAUGUGGGCACAGCCCAGGCUCCUGGCCCCCAGGUCCGUGGGUGGAUGCAGCAGGAUAAGCUCCAGGACAAAGGGCCUAGCUCCCACAUGCAGACUCAGCAAGGGGUGGUGGGGCAGCCUAGUCUAGCUUGUCCAGUGCCCGUGCAUGCAUCUAGCAGCGCGCGAAAGAGACCCACCUGGGCGAACCCGUGUCCAUUGUACUAACGGCUCCCAUCCUGGCGGUUACCACAUGAUGCCAACGACCGCCGUGCUGCUACCCACCACCCCACACCAAUCAGCCUGGCUGAAGACCUGGGGACAUGAAGUCACAGAAUAACCACCCACACAUCCUGCUGUCCUGGUCCCCCUCUACCCCCACCCCUGCCACCAGCGGCCAGCUCCCUGCACCGCUAGGUCAGGAGGCCUGGAGGUGGUGUAGACACGGGCCUGGGCAGGGGAAGGUCAGGCUGCCCCUUCCCUCUCCAUCUCCUCCAACCUCUCCCCGCACCAGGUCCAGCCUGUCCCUGGCUGGUGCAAGGGGCUGGAGGGAGCCCUGAGAGCAGGCAGCCCCACAAUGAGGCCCGAGUGUUGGGAGUAAUUACUGUUAUUAAGGGAGCGCUCCCUGGCACUUAGGUCACCCCAAUUUAUUGAUGAGCCACAGCAUGGAUGCUCAGAGUCACUUAACUCUAAGUGACCAAGUCCAGCCAAACUAAGACGUCACAACGAAGUUUUCCUGUGACUGACCCCGGAGGCCACGCCCAAGAGGUGGCCCCGGAGCCCAGCCUUGGAGAGGAGUCCGUCUUGGGUGCGGGAGCAAGGGGAGGGGCACCGCAGGCCGGGACUCCAGCAAUGGCUCCGCCCACUCCCAUCUGCGGAUUGGACGCUCUGCAGGGAGGGUCUCAUCCCUGGUCCCCGGAGAUGCGGCCCGGUGCCCACCGCGUCCCAGACUCCCCGGGUCUCCAGGCUGCGCUCUGCUCCCACAGACUCCGGGAGUUAGAAAACAUUCCCAGGACUCGGAGCACUGGGUCACCAACGGGGAGCUAAGGCCACCAGCUCUAGCACGGUACCGUAGACCCUCAGGGUCCCGCCCAAGCACAGCAACUUGUAGAGGAGCAAAAAGAACUUCCCUCUGGCACCCUGAAGCCGCCCCCUCCCCUCCCCCACGCCAAGGGAGGAGUCUUGGGGGCCUAUCCUCCUCCCAGGCGCUCAGAGAGGGGGACACGAAGCCUCUCCCCGUUGCCUUGGGGGUGGCCUGGCCCAGCCGCCCCUGCGAACCUCGGGAUCCCCGCCUAGAUCCGGAUGCUGAGAGCCGCCGGAAUUGGGGGGAGGCGUUGCUAAGAGACCGAGGGCCGGGCCAGGCCCCUCCUGGGCUGUCUCGCCCUGCGCCGUCGCACGUCAGUUAACCGCAGAACCACCCUCGGCCCCAACAGCUGGGCGUGUCCACGACCGAGGCCGCGUUGGCUUCUUCCGCCGCCUUCGCGCAGCCAGCAAACCCUGGUGGCCUCUGCUGCUGCCGGCAACCUGUCCGGCGUCCACUUGGGUAGCGGCCCUGGGGAGCCGCGCGGGCAGGCGGGGACGCGCUCCGAGCCAUGGAGGAGAUACCUAUUCUGGGCCUGGGCACCUGGAAGGCAGUUGCAGGGGAGGUAACAGAGGCUGUAAAAGUGGCGAUAGACGUGGGCUACCGCCACGUGGACUGUGCGUACGUGUACCACAACGAGAAUGAGGUCGGAGUGGGAGUCCAGUCCAAGAUCAAGGAGGGCGUGGUGAGACGAGAGAACCUGUUUAUUGUCAGCAAGCUCUGGUGCACCUGCCAUAAGAAGCCCCUGGUGAAAGCAGCCUGCACCCGGAGUCUGAAGGCCUUGAAACUGGACUACUUGGACCUCUACCUCAUGCACUGGCCCAUGGGCUUCAAGUCCGGAGAGGCAGACUUGCCCAUGGACCACAACGGCAUGAUCAUCCCUAGUAACACGGACUUCCUGGACACGUGGGAGGCCAUGGAGAACCUGGUGGCCGCAGGCCUGGUGAGAGCCAUCGGGGUGUCAAACUUCAACCACGAGCAGCUCGAGAGAAUUCUGAAUAAACCCAACCUGAGGUUCAAGCCGGUGACCAACCAGAUCGAGUGCCACCCGUAUCUCACUCAGAAGAACUUGAUCAGUUUCUGCCAAUCAAGAAACGUGUCUGUGACGGCUUACCUGCCCCUCGGUGGCUGCAGUGGGGGAAUGCACCUGAUGGAGGACCCUACGAUCCAGACGAUCGCUCAGAAGCACAGGAAGUCUGCAGCCCAGAUUUUGAUCCGAUUUCAGAUCCAGAGGAACGUAAGAGUGAUUCCCAAAUCUGUCAACCCAAAGCAGAUUCUCGAGAACUUCCAGGUAUUUGAUUUUGAAUUAUCAGAAGAGGAUAUGACUGACCUCCUUGGCCUGGACAGGAAUCUCCGUUUGGCCACGUUCCCCAUAACUGAAAAUCACAAGGACUAUCCCUUCAGAACAGAGUUCUGAGGACCCUGCUCAGCCCAGAGGAAUCCUUGCUGACUCAGGGCAGCCCUGGACAGGGCAGGGGACUCAGCUUGAUUUGGGUGGGUUCCCUGAGAAGUCCCAAGAACUGAAUAUGGUCUGUGCCUGAAGGUGGAGGCUUCAUGAGAGCAGCGAUCGCUCUCCACCAAGACCCAUUCAGGUUUUAGAAUCCUAGGAGCCCACAGUGUGCUGGGUUCUCACAAGAGUGCUGGGUGGUCUACACCAUCAAACAAGGACAUUCAAUGACUCAUGAAUAAUUUGCCUUCCCAUUAAAAAAAAAUUAUGUUAUGGAAAUGUUGGAAUGUCUACAGUAUAAGGAACCUCCACCCCCUUCACUCAGCUUCAGCCAUUGUCAGUCCCUGGCCCUUCUUGCUUUGUCUCUGAUCCUCUGUUCCCUGCCAAUACCCCCAGAUGGUUUUAAAGCAAAAUCCUUACACAACACACAACAAAAUGGUGUGCUCAGCAGCCUGCCACUGUCCCAUCCCUCACUGAUGCUAACAUACUGCCAUAGGGGACAGGUUUCCAUAGCCUGGGAAAAAUGAUUUCCAACCUGUCUAAAACACAAGACAAGAGUAAUAAAGCCAUAAUGCAGUUCUUAUAAAUAAGGAAAUGAUAAAUUCCCAGUUUAAAAGGGUGAUAUUGGAGGAGCACAGUAACAGUUAUUGAUUACUUACCACGUUGUGCUGUGUGGUUGUGUCCGACUCUUUGUGACCCUAUGGACGAGCUCGCCAGGCUCCUCUGUCCAUGGGCUUCUCCAGGCAAGAAUACUGGAGUGGGUUGCAUGCUCUCCUCCAGGAGAUCUCAACUCAGGGAUCGAACCAGGGUCUCCUGCCUCUCCUGCAUUGUAGGCAGAUUCUUUACCACUAGAACCACCUGGGAAGCCCACUAGGCAUUUAAUUUGCAGAACAUGCUGAAUCCUCUUAAGAAGAUAGGCACAAGGUGGCUGAAUAAUUCCCAAAGAUUACGUGGUGUGAAGGUUGAAGUUAGGAUUUGAAUGUCCAAAAACCAGGGAGCAAAUUAAUUAUAAUAGAAAUAAAAACUGAAUUGACAGUGAUUUUCCAGUUUGUCCCCCCCAAAAUAAAAAAAAAAUCAACCUCCAAAACACUUGAAGUAUUUUGAAAAAAUAGCACUUUCAGUAACUUUGGGUAGGAUUAUAAAUUUAUGUAGAUGCUCCUGGAAGCAAUUUGGUCUUAUAUUUUAAAAUCAUUAAAAAUGUGCAUAUUAAUUGGUAGCAUUUGAUUCUUUAAGCAUUGAACUUUAGGAAAAAAGAGGGGUUCCCCUCCAAAUUCUCAAGUUAGAGUAUGUUGCUAUAUAAAAGUUAUAUUUAUGCUUAAUCAUUUGCAGUUGUGGGAAAAAAUUAAAAUUUGAAUUUAAACACA